AUGGCCUCUUCAACACCGAUGAGGGUGGUCGACAUCCACACGCACAUGUACCCCCCGUCGUACAUCAAGAUUCUCGAGUCUCGAACCACCAUUCCUGUUGUCCGCCGGUUUCCGCAGGACCCCGAUCCGCGCCUUAUCCUCCUCGCCUCGGAGCAGCAGGCCCUCGACGAAGCCACCAAGGAUGCCACGGCAAAGCCCCCGGGCCGGCCGCUGACCUCUCACUAUGCCUCGCUGGAGCAGAAGGUGCACUUCAUGGACACACACAAGAUCGACAUCUCGGUCGUUUCCCUGGCGAACCCAUGGCUGGACUUUAUCGACGCCUCGGAGUCCGGCCCCAUGGCGCGGGAUGUCAACGAGGAGUUUGACCGCAUGUGCGCUGCGCAUCCCGGGCGUCUGUUCUUCUUCGCUGCCCUUCCCCUGACCGCGUCGCUCGAGACGAUCCUCGAAGCCAUCAACCACGUCAAGGGGGUCAAGUACUGCCGUGGUAUCAUCCUAGGCACGUCUGGACUGGGCAAGGGCCUCGAUGACCCAAACCUGCUGCCCAUCUUCAAGGCCAUUGCCGCCGCCGGUCUGACCAUUUUCUUGCACCCGCACUAUGGCCUGCCCAACGAUGUUUGGGGCCCGAGGGCGAGCAACGAGUACGGCCAUGUCCUGCCCCUGGCGCUGGGCUUCCCCAUGGAAACCACCAUCGCCGUGGCGCGCAUGUAUCUCGCGGGCGUCUUCGAUGAGGUGCGCGACUUGCGUAUGCUGCUUGCUCACAGCGGCGGCACACUGCCUUUCCUCGCCGGCAGAAUUGAGAGUUGCAUCCUGCACGACGGACAGCUGGUGCGCGAGGGCAAGGUCGGCAAGGGCCGUCGGAAGAUCUGGGACGUGCUCAAGGAGCAGAUCUACCUCGAUGCAGUCAUCUACUCCGAAGUUGGAUUGAAGGCGGCCAUCGACGCGAGCGGAGCCGACAGGCUCAUGUUUGGUACAGAUCACCCCUUCUUCCCUCCGUUGACGACUGAUGAGCAGGGUGAGUGGGAGAGCGUGAGCAUGAACGCGGAUGCUGUGGCAGCUGCUGUCGGUGAAGGAAGUGAGCAAGCGAAGGCUAUCAUGGGCGGAAACGCGAUUGAGAUUUUGAAUCUGAAGGCGGAUUGA